AUGAAGGCUGUAAUACUCGCGUGUUUGCUCCUGGGGCUGGCCCAGGGAAUUGCCAUCCAGAAGAUAAUCAGGCCGCGGUCUGUUUCUGUUAUGUCUGAGAUUGUUCCGCAGGCAGGAAUGGGCAUAAAGCUUGACGCCACGAUAAUUGAGGGCUCGGGGGUGCAGAUUAUGUCGGGGAUGAAGGAUCGGCUCUCUGCUGCAAGCGAGCUCGUGAGCACGCACCAGAAGAACAUCGAGUCGCGAGAGGCUGGGGAGUUUGAGGUGCGGAUCGUGAACGACAGCGACGAAUACGCGAACAUAAGCGUGUCAAUAUACGUGGAUAAGGCGCACGAGGACACAGACGAGGCGGAGGUGCUGAGGAAGCUGCUGGACAAGGUGCGGGUGGACCUGAUGAACAUAUACAACGACAUUUUGAAGCUGAAAAAUGCAAACACGACAAGCCUUGUGAGGGUCAAAUCGGCCAAAAACACGCUUUGGGUUGUUUGCAUUUUCCCAGUUCUGUACGUUUUCCUAAGCUACUGGAGACUUCAGUCAAUUAAAGGCUUCUUUAGCACAAAGAAGCGCAAUAAGAUAUAA